GAUGGGUUUGUCUAUUUCGAAGUUGCUCCAGGGCCUAUUUGGUCGCAAAGAAAUGAGAAUUUUGAUGGUGGGUCUCGAUGCUGCCGGUAAAACCACCAUUCUAUAUAAGUUGAAAUUGGGCGAGAUUGUCACCACAAUUCCAACAAUUGGCUUCAACGUCGAAACCGUGGAGUACAAGAACAUCUCCUUCACCGUCUGGGACGUUGGUGGACAAGAUAAAAUCAGACCAUUGUGGAGGCACUACUUCCAAAACACACAGGGUAUCAUUUUCGUUGUCGACUCCAACGACAGAGAUCGUAUCUCUGAGGCCAGAGAGGAACUGCAAAGAAUGUUGAACGAGGACGAGCUGAGAGAUGCAUUGUUACUGGUUUUCGCAAACAAACAAGACUUACCAAACGCCAUGAAUGCUGCCGAGAUCACAGAAAAACUGGGUCUGCAGUCCAUCAGACCUAGACCAUGGUUUAUCCAAGCGACCUGCGCCACCUCCGGUGACGGUCUGUACGAGGGUCUCGAGUGGCUGUCUACUAACUUGAAAAAUGGUAACUAAAUGGUUUAGACUGAGGCCGCAAGUGAAACAGACUACUCAUAGUGAACUUUGUCUCGAUUCGAUUGGUUUGCCAAGUAAGUUUCUGUUCUCAAUCUAAAUUGUGUAUUCUUCUUACUAAUUUUACCAAUCAAGCUCUUUAUAAUCCCCGACGGUGGGCCCGUGUGCUUCCCGUCUCCGUAUCUCCAAAAUCAUGACAAGAUCAACUCUUGGGUAGCCAUUCUGCUUACGUAAGAGUUAGGGAGUCUCUACGGGACAAUUUCGCAGUCACAAAUUUUUCUCUGUCAAUACUGCCACGGGUCAGUUACUUCCCGCCAGGGCUUUUUUUCGACUCACCACGGGGCUCUACCGGGGCCACCGCCCGGCCUGCAUGCAACCAGGACCUUGAAAAAUUUUACAAACGUUUUUCAAGUUUGUCUUAGAGCAUUAAAUCAACGAAAUGGCCGGUGUCAAAGCUUACGAACUCAGAUCCAAGUCUAAGGAACAACUGCAGGAGCAGCUGGUCGAGCUCAAGAAGGAGCUGGCUCAAUUGAAGGUCCAAAAAUUGACCAGACCAUCUCUCCCAAGAAUCCACACUGUCAGAAAGAAUAUUGCUAGAGUUCUCACUGUGAUCAACUUGCAACAAAGAGCUUCCGUUAGAGAAUUCUACAAGGGCAAGAAGUACAUUCCAAAGGACCUCAGACAAAAGAAGACCAGAGCUUUGAGAAGAGCCCUCACCAAGUACGAGAAGACUCAGAAGACCGACAAGGCUAGAAAGCAAGCUAUUGCCUACCCAGCCAAGAAGUUCGCUGUCAAGGCUUAAGUGAGUCGAUGUUGUUUGGUGUGGUAAUGUAUAUCUUUGAUAAUCUCAUAGCAAAGAAUCUGCAAAA